AUGAUGGCGGAAGUCCCAAAACGAGUGGCACCAUUGGUGAAGUUCUUGCAGAAGGCCUAUUGUCCUGAGUGUGGCAAGCACGUCAGUCAUGGUGAAGUGGAGAAAAUGCGGGACGCGUGCACACGAAUGUGGCGAAAGUUCAUGCAGUUGGACGAUGCGCAUUGCCCUCUCUUCCGUGUCUGCGACGUCACCUGGACCGGUGGGAAAGACUCCAAGGACUCCAAGGACUCCAAAGACUACCCUCCCGGGCUUUGGGAGCGGAUGCCAAGGAUCAAAGAAACUACGCCGCGUCUACGCCUUCGUGAGAGGUGCUUCGCAUUGUGCCCCCGAUGUCGACACUUCGACUGGGUUAUGCUUUGUUACGCUGGCCCCAGAAGAGCUUAUUGCUUUGAAGCUUGCCGUGAGCAUGCCGGUCGGGGUGUUGCGUGA